AUGCUCGACGGAAUUCUGUGCAUGGUGACCUGUCCCAUAGACAUGUGCAGCACCGCGACGGUUGAACUCUCUUCCGGGGAGGGAGCCAUUUCAGCCCCUGAAGACUCUCCGAAGGCAUCUCGGGCCGUCCGGGAAACGCUGCAACACCUCGGUGAAUCGGGCGUUGACGCCCACCUGUUCCUGGACUCAGGGAUUCCCCGCGGAAAGGGUAUGGCCAGCAGCACGGCAGACGUAUCGGCGGCCAUCGUUGCCACUGCCUCAGCCGCGGGCCAUGAGUUGGCCCCCGCCCAAAUUGCCAAGAUAGCCUUGGGAAUUGAGCCCAGCGAUGGCGUAAUGUUUCCCCUGAUCGUUAUCUUUGACCAUCGAGAGGGCAGGACUCUGCAGCCUCUAGGUCAACCGCCUCCUAUGCGAGUCUUGGUGCUGGACUUCGGUGGCGAAGUGGACACCGUGGAGUUCAAUAGCGCCUGCAGGGAGAGCACCCUUCGACUACUGGAGCCGAGGAUGCUUGAGUCGGUAUCUCUGAUCGAGGCAGGGAUGCGGCAAGGAGAUAUUUCCCUGAUAGGGAAGGGGGCCACCAUCAGCUCCGUCGCCAAUCAGGAGAUUCUGUUCAAUCCCAACCUCGAGGCAGUGAUCGAUCUAUCGGCAGAAGUAGGAGCCGUUGGCGUGAACGUGGCCCACAGCGGCACCGUUAUCGGAAUGCUGUUUCGGGACGAUGUCGCGCUCGUGGAAAAGGCAACCGACCUCGCCAGGCUUCGCUUCGGUUGCCUUGAAACAGUCCUCCAUUGCCGCGUGACAGGUGGUGGGGUUAGGCUUCACUGA